AUGAAGCUCAUUUUGUUUGUUGAACCACCCUCAGGACACGACUUUCCAAGCCUUUGUCACCAACUGCGAACACAAUCCAGGUCUUCAAGCCACCGUAUCCUACGCUGGUUGCUUUCUGAGAGCACAACGGUACUGCGGGAUGAGUUUCGCCGACUCUCUACCGAGCUAAAAAGUGAUUUGCCUCCUUUUCAGUCUGUGCUGGAUAUUAUCCAAGGCUAUAAUUGGCAAGCUGGACCUUUGGCUGGCCCAUUGAGCAAUGCCUUCUCAUGCUUGCUAUCACUAUGCCUUUUUGUAGGGGACUACGAACAUCGAGCAGAGGAGUUCGAUUUCCACGAAGCUAAUUCGCUAUUGGCGGGCCUUGAUAUGGGGUUACUGGCGGCUGCAGCCGUGGUAUCAUCGCCAACUCUAGCAGAUAUACCAGGUAUUGGGGCAGAGGCCAUCCGAGUUGCGUUCAGAACAGGGAUCGUGAUGCAAGAAAGAGCUCGACAGCUCGAGUCACAGACCACGGGCGCUGCUUUGGAGAGUUGGACUGUAAUUACCAGAGGCACGAGUGAGGAGGCGACGCAAACUGAAGUCCAAGCUUUGAAUGAUACCAUGGGAAUAGCCGACUCGCAUCCAAGCCGGCUCUUUGUGAGCGCCGUACAAGGGAACAACACUGUCCUAAUAUCCGGGACUCCUUCCAGAUUGGGCAAGCUGCGGAACACAUCCCAGCCACUUCGAGAUGCAUGUUAUGCGUCUCCACUGCUUAUGCAUUGGGGCCCAUCCCAUGCACCCCACCUAUAUGACCAGACCCACAGCAUAUGGGCAGUUAAUGGAAUCGAAGAAUCACUUGGGACGCGUUGUCUUACCAACAUCGGCAGUCUAGUAUCUUCCACGGAUGGGAAGAUUAUGAAGGCUUCCACAGUUGCGGAACUUUUUCAACUUGUAGUCCAUGAGUUGUUGACAAAAACCGCUCAUUGGGCCAAAGUUUCAGCAAGUCUGAAAGCAUCUUCCAUCAUAAGGAAGCAUACAGAAGUUCAAGUUGAGAUUUUCAAGCCCCAUGGCAUCGUGGAUGAUUUGAUUCUCGAAAUUUCAGUCGUUCAUCCCUGCCUGAAGGUUGUCCUCUGUAACAUAGGGCAAUGGCUCGCUGUGGAGAACAAAGGCAUCCCUGAUCCCGGCUCGGAAAAGAUUGCCAUUGUGGGUAUGUCCUGUCGAUUUCCUGGUGGAGCAAAUGAUACACAGAAGUUCUGGGAGUUGCUGGAACAGGGUCGCGAUGUUCAUUGCAAGGUCCCAGCAGAUCGGUUUGAUGUUGAUAGUCAUACAGACGUCACGGGUAAACUUCCAAACACCAGUAUGAGUCCUUUUGGUUGCUUCAUUGAUCAACCGGGACUUUUCGACGCCAGUUUCUUUGACAUGUCCCCCCGUGAGGCCGGACAGACCGACCCUACUCAUCGCUUGGCUCUUGUCACGGCAUAUGAGGCCCUUGAACAUGCGGGCUACACACAUGACCGCACGCCAUCGACCAAUAAACUCCGUAUUGGGACAUUUUAUGGUCAAUGCUGUGAUGACUAUCGUGAGGCGAAUGCAGGACAGAAUGUUGACACCUACUUUAUUCCCGGCAAUUACAGAGCUUUUGCGCCUGGUCGCAUUAGCUACUUCUUCAAAUUCUCCGGUCCUAGUUUCAACUGCGACACUGCGUGCUCGGCAAGCUUGGCGACAAUUCAGAUUGCUUGCACGUCGCUUCUCCAUGGAGAUGCGGACAUGGUAGUGGCGGGAGGAGUCAAUAUUCUCACUAACUCUGACAGUUUUGCUGGGCUCAGUAGGGGCUAUUUUCUGUCCCCAACGGGCGGCUGUAAAGUAUUUGACUGCAACGCGGAUGGUUAUUGUCGAGCAGACGGUGUAGGCUCUGUGGUGCUCAAGAGGCUUGCAGAUGCUGAGCAGGAUAAUGACAAUAUCCUGGGGGUUAUUGCUGGCAGUGCAACUAAUCAUUCCGCAAAUGCCGUGUCCAUCACACACCCUCAUGCAGCGACGCAGGCCAACCUUUUCAGGCAAAUCCUGACCCAAUCGGGCGUCAGCCCACUGGACGUGGACGUGGUCGAGAUGCAUGGCACGGGAACACAAGUCGGCGAUGUGAUUGAGAUGGAAUCCGUUACUAGAGUCUUCAGCCCUCCAGGGGUGAAACGCUCCCACCCAUUGCACAUCAGCUCGGUCAAAGCCAAUAUUGGGCAUGCGGAGGCAGCGGCCGGUAUGGCAGCACUCAUCAAAGUCCUUCUAUCCUUUCAACACAAUGAAAUCCCGAGACAUGUGGGCAUCAAAACUGCAUUGAAUCCCCGGUUCCCAGCCCUCGGUGAACUGAAUAUCCAUAUUCCCGAAACAAACACGCCAUGGCCCCGAAAUGCUAGCCGCAAACGGUAUGCCAUGGUGAACAACUUCAGUGCCGCUGGAGGAAAUACUAGCCUGCUGUUGGAAGAGCCACCUGCCAGAUCUAGUCCGAAAGGCUGGCCAUGCACGCGAUUUGUCGUCGCGGUGUCAGCCAAGAGUAUUGUGUCUCUGACAGGAAACCUUGAGAGUCUCAUUAGUCAUUUAGAUAACGACCCCGCCAUUCAUCUAUCCAGUCUUUCCUAUACGACCACAGCACGUCGCAUGCAUCAUGCAUAUCGCGUUGCUGUUGAUGGUGCGACAAUCCAGCAGGUCAGCGAUUCCCUCAGGCACCAUUUACAGUCUGUCAACCCUCAGAAACCCGUCCCAAAAAUCUCACCAUCGACUGCCUUCGUUUUCUCGGGUCAGGGUAGUCAUUAUGUGGGCGUUGGUCAUAAACUGUUUGAUCAUCAACCUAUCUUUCGAGAGGAGGUCAAGCGCCUGGAUGAAAUUUGUGUGCUACACGGUUUUCCUUCCAUUUUACCAGCUAUCACGACAACCGCUCCUGACGUCGUCGAAACGGAUCCUAUCGUGGCUCAUUUGACGGCAGUAUGCGUUGCAAUGGCAUUGUGCUGCCUGUGGAGCAGCCUUGGGGUGACUCCUGCGGUAGUCAUUGGCGCCAGUCUGGGAGAGUACCCGGCUUUGUAUGCAUCUGGUGUCCUCUCGGCCAGUGAUGUGAUAUUUCUUGUUGGUCAACGAGCAAUCCUGCUAAAGGAGCUCUGUACACCAAAUACCCAUGCCAUGCUGGCCGUCCAAGCGACAGCCGAAGAGAUUCGGGAGAUCGCACAAGGGCUAUCGUUUGAAGAAGCCUGUUUCAACGGACGCAGGAAUAUCUCCAUAGCGGGAUCUGCAGAUGUCAUCUCGGAAAUUCAACUUGCACUCACAGCUCGGGGGUAUCGAUCCACCAAGCUCCAUGUGCAAUACGCGUUUCACUCCUCCCAGAUUGAGCCCAUUCUUGACAGAUUUGAAAAGCUCGCUCGGGCAGUGACCUUCAAGUGUCCGAAGAUACCGGUAUUGUCGCCCUCAUUGGCUAUCAGUAUCUGCGAUGACACUACAUUUGACAGUUCUUAUCUGCGGGAUAUGACACGGCUUCCCGUGCGAUUUGUCGAAGUCCUUGAAAAGGCCCAGGAAACGGGUGUUAUUGACUCUAAGACGGUGUGGAUCGAGAUUGGAGCACAUCCGACGUACAGCUACUCGCUAUGCGGAGCAUUUGCGGACCCUCCUCUUGCAGUUCCUAGCUUGAAACAGGGUGAGGAUAAUUGGCACACAUUCGCGAAGAGUAUGGUGGAGCUAUACCAUGCGGGCUUAGAUUUGAACUGGAACGCAUGGUAUCAACCGUUCGAAUCUGAUCUGCGCCUUCUAGACCUUCCUUCAUAUCAUUGGAAGAAUAGGAACCACUGGAUUCAGUAUAAUGGCGACUGGAUGUUGGUCAAAGACAAAGGGUCUCGCAGCUCUGAGCGUCUGAGCAUGUUGAACGAGUCUUCAUUGCACACAACUCUGAUACAUCAGGUUGUAGAAGAGACUAUAUUAGAUGACACUGGCACAGUAGUUGUUCGAUCCAAUAUUGUGCAUCCAGACUUCUUUCACGUUGCUUCCGGCCAUAAAAUGAAUGGUCGGCCCGUUGUUUCAGUGUUCGCUUACACCGACAUGGCAUUGACGUUGGCAAACUAUCUUCAUUCCAAAAUUAGGCUCGGGGUGGCUUUACCUACAAUGGACUUCUCUAAUGUGCGCAUUCUCAAGGGUCUGAUGCCACACGAGCAUCAGACUGGGACACAAAUUGUCCAAGUCAGCGCAUCUGCAGACCUCAAGCGCGGCUUGAUUGACAUGUCGUGGUAUCAUAUCCUGGCUGACGGUACUGAGGAAUUAGUAGCAACCGGGGCGGUUGAAUGCGGAGAUUCGCAUGUGUGGAUGAACGAAUGGGCAGAUCUGGCCCAUUUACUGACCAGUCGCAUUGAAGUUCUCAAUGAGAUGGCGAACCAAGGUAAAGCUAGUCGUUUGUCUCGGGACCUGAUCUACACCCUCUUCCACACGCUGGUAGAAUAUUCCAAGCCGUACCAUGGAAUGCAGUCGGUGAUACUCAACGGCAUGGAGGCCACGGCAGAAGUGAUUCUCAGCCCCCCAUCUGACGGCAAGUGGACCGUCUGUCCUCAGUAUAUCGACCCCAUAGCCCAUAUUGGAGGAUUCGCUCUGAACUGUGGCAACGCUGUGGAUAAUCGAAACAAUAUUUUUGUAAUGGACAGCUGGCGCUCAAUGCGUUUUGCUCGUUCAUUGGUACCAGGAGUUAAGUACCAGACGUACGUCAAGAUGCAACUCGUUCCAGAUAGUACAACACUCUACACAGGUGAUGUGUAUGUACUCGAAGCCAAGGAGGUGAUCGGCGUUAUUGGAAGAAUGACACUUCGGUCGUAUCCUCGAGUACUCCUCAGUCGGUUCUUCCCAAGAGAGGGUUGUCAAUCGCUCGAAUCAGUGGGGAGUGGAUCUGGUUCUCGUGUAGUCUCUUCCACGGAUGGAAUGCUUAUAUGUACGCCGUUAACAGACCUCACGUCGUCAAAACCUUCCACAUCACAGGAAGUGGAGACGUCCAACAAUUAUUCUGGUGAUGAGAAGAAUUCAAUCAUCGCCGGUCAAGGGCAGAUUGCUGAGAAAACAUUGAUUGGUGGAGCAAUGGGUCUGAUUGCUUCUGAGACGGGCAUGGAUCUGGCAGAUAUGACUGACGAGACAACGUUGUCUUCCAUGGGGAUCGAUUCUCUCCUGUCACUUGUUCUGGUACAGAAGUUUGCCACGGAGCUGAAUAUUGCACUGGAGGGUCAUGUGUUCUUGGAAUGUCCCACCAUAAGGGAUUUCAAGGUGUUGCUGGCUGCGCAUUCUUAA